GGUACGCAGACAUCACUCCAUCCUGUCCCACACAACCAGAGAUCAGAUAUGGACAAAGAUUACGUGGGUUUUGCCACCCUGCCCAGCCAAGUCCACAGGAAAUCUGUAAAGAAGGGCUUUGACUUCACGCUGAUGGUAGCAGGUGAGUCCGGCCUUGGAAAAUCCACCCUCAUCAACAGCCUCUUCUUGACAGACCUAUAUAAAGAUCGGACAGUCCUAGAUGCACAAGCCAGGAUCCCCCAGACACUGGAAAUUGUCAAACAUGCUGUAGAUAUCGAAGAAAAGGGGGUGAAGGUGAAAUUGACGGUGAUCGAUACCCCAGGAUUUGGAGAUGCAGUGAACAAUGUGGAGUGCUGGAAGCCAAUUGCCCAUUACAUUGAUUGCCAGUUUGAGCAGUAUUUUCGAGACGAGAGUGGCCUUGAUCGCAAGAAUAUUCAGGAUGGCCGGGUUCACUGCUGCCUCUACGUCCUCUCGCCUUUUGGACAUGGGCUCCGCCCCUUAGACACAGCAUUCCUGCAUGCCAUCCAUGACAAAGUCAAUAUUGUGCCAGUAAUUGGAAAGGCUGAUUGCUUGACUCCAGCAGAAGUACAACGGAAGAAAGAGAAGAUCCGGCAAGAGUUAGAAGAAAACGGGAUCAACAUUUAUGAGUUUCCUGACUGUGACUCGGAUGAAGAUGAAGAAUUCAAAGCUCAGGAUGCCGAGAUGAAGCAUAGUAUCCCCUUUGCUGUAAUUGGAUCUAGCCAGGUGGUUAGAGAGUUGAAGGAUAAAGUAUUCCGGGGGAGGCAAUAUCCCUGGGGAACAGUGGAAGUGGAGAAUCCAGUGCACUGUGACUUUCUGAAACUUCGGAACAUGCUGAUUCAAACCCAUAUGCAGGACCUAAAGGAUGUGACCCAUGAAGUCCAUUACGAGAACUACCGUGCACAGUGCAUCCAGAGCUUGACCAGACCCGGGGCUCGGGAUCGCAGCAGCCGCGCGAAGCUGUCUCGUCAAAGCGCCACUGAACUGCCGCUCCUGCCUCUGUCCGCUGAGACGGAGAAAUUAAUUCGUGAGAAAGAUGAGGAGCUCCGCCGAAUGCAGGAAAUGUUACAGAGGAUGAAGGAACAGAUGCUGCAGAGCCAGGGGGAGCAAUCUGACAGUCUAUGAAAGAUACCAGAGCUCUUUCUUGCACUUCCAUGGGCAUCCCGGGAGAGAGACUUCAGCCUCCUUCCACAUGGCAAGUGACAGUAGAAGCCCUUUUUAGCUCUGGAGAUUACAGUGACGGGGCUUGGGCGGGGGAGGGGGACUGCGUAGGAAAUUCUCCCACUGGAUUGCUUGUCUCUCUCAUAUACCCAUCCUUCUUCUUUAGCACAAUCAAGGAUCAGUGAUGAUAUCUUACUGGCAUGCAAUUGCUUCAAUAAACAGCGAGAGUUGUCCAAGAAAAUAAAAUGUAUUUUUACACAAUGUAAGAACUUGUUUGCAGAGAU